AAUAAUUUUCCGAUGAUUAGUUGAAUAUAAUCACUCGCAUGGGAACAGUAAAACAUUUGGGUGAUGAUGAUGACAUUUAAAAAAAUAUUUUAAAAAUCAGUUACCCAACUUGUGGUUGGCACAAACUUCUGAGCAGAUGGUAGGCCCCCGAAGCGCUUGGUAUGUAUUUUGUUUUUUAGAAACGGUUAAUACUGCCAAUAUUGCAUUUGGUAAUAGCGUCACACAUUUCCCUUGUGAACUGGUUGAGUGGAUCAAUAUUGUUGCCAAACGUGCCCUUGAGCAUGGUCGACGCUUGCGGGAUGACGCACAGUUCGACCGCAGGUCACCUACCCUAAUCGAGCAAUUUCCUGGUCAUCAAUCACAAUGGAGCCACUGGCGCUGCUGUGCGCCAGCCUAAACAUCGACUUGACCAGCGUAGACUUCCCUGCACUAGUGCG